UCGUGGGAGAAGCUAUUGAAAAUUUUACAAAAAACGAAAAUAAACAUGUCAUCCUUUUCGGAAAGCAAUUUGGCGAAGAAAUUAAACGAACUAAACGGGACGCAACAGAGUAUUCAAACGCUUUCACUGUGGCUUAUUCAUCAUAGAAAGCAUUCCAAAACGAUCGUACAAGUUUGGCUUCGGGAAUUAAAAAAAGUGUCACCGCCUCGAAGACUGAUUUAUAUCUACCUUGCCAACGAUGUGAUCCAGAACAGCAAGAAGAAGGGGCCAGAAUUCACGAAGGAUUUUGGGACAGUCCUUGGAGAGGCGUUUAUCACAGGAUACAAAGAUGCUGGCGACAAGCAGAAACAGUCCCUGGAUAGAAUCCUCAACAUUUGGGAAGAACGGGGCGUGUAUACCAAGGACUUUAUGAAGAAUCUCAAAGACAAUCUGGCUAAAGAUGGCACCACCGUCUCAAUUGAGGACGUCCUCGCUACAAAGGCUCCCAUGAAGCCCACAAAGCGACCCUCACAGCCACUGCAGCCAGAACUGGUAACCAAGAAGCGAAGGUCGGCACGUGACGAGGCUGAACAAGUGUCACUGAAAGAGGAGAUUGAUGCCUUGAAGCCUGAAGACCUCGGACAUUAUGAUCCAGACAAACAUGAACAUUUCUUUCAGGCAGAGGCACUCAUCAAGCGACUGACCGCCCUCGAAAGUUCAGCAUCCUGCGACGCUGAAAUACGGGAAAAGAUCGCGAAGCUGCCACCUGAGGUGUCAGACAUUUCACAGCUUGCAAAACUUCAUGAUAAGGACUCUGCCCGCAAAUUAUCCAACACAGUGGACAGCGCCUGCUCGUUACUCACGGACUACAACAAACGCCUUCACAGUGAGAUGGAGGAACGGAAGAACCUGGCCAAGAUGCUGCGGGCCUUCAUCAUCUCACAGACCGAACAACUGAACCAUGCAGAGAAGAGGCUCCAGGAGUACAAAAACAAGCUGGCCAAGGUGAACAUAGUCCGUCAUGAGCUCAAGUCUCAUAUACAGAACCUGCCGGACAUCGGUCGCCUGCCAGACAUCUCUGGUGGUCUCGCCCCUCUACCCAAGGUGAACGAUCUCUUCAAGUGAGGCCAAGGUUUUUAUCAUUCUUGGCCGGACAGGACGCAUUCCAAGGCAUGGGACCCUGUACAAAACACCAAAGACACUGAAUAAAUGAGCCAUGCUCUGCGAAAAUGGGUCUUAAUGCAUGUGCAUAAAGUGUCUCCCAAGGUUUGCUUUUGCAGUUUGCACAGGUUUAUCCGGUACAACAUUUUCGGCUUAUAUGGAAUUUUUCUUAUUAAAAGAACUAUCUGGACAGGCUCAGCUUGGAUCACCCUUUAUGUACGUGCAUUAAGACCCAUUUUCGCAGAGUGAGGUUCAAAUGGACAAAGCUAGUCACGGCUUCACCUGAACCAUACGUGGAGUUACUUUCUGUUUAUCAACUAUGCAAGCGUGCUUUGCAGAUACAAUUACAUGUCUUUUAGGAUCUACUUUAAUUUGUUUUUAUACUUUAUGUUAUUUGCCUUUUUUUAUUUAUUUUCUUUUUGUUCAUUCUUUGGUUUUUGUUCAUUUACAAAGUUCAAAUUGAAUUUAAUUGAAAUACAAUGCUAUUAUGAAUCCAGCACCCUUUAGCAAGUCUGAGAUCAUUUAAUUACUAUAACUAUUUUGAAAAAGGCAUUAACAUGUUGGUUAUUAAAUGAGGUUUGUUUGCAUCAGUAAACUAAAAGUGUGCACUCUUUAACCCUUUACCACUUAGAUUUGUAUUUGGACGCAUUUGUAGUCACUUAGAAAGUGGAAUUCAAUUGAAGACCUUUCUUGCUAUAUUCAAGUGUUUAAGGCUUCAUUUUCAACCCUUAGCUACUGAUGAGCAGCAAACAGCAUAAAACCUGAAUAGACUGCAAGUUACUCGCAGGCUGUUCUGGUUUUAUGCUUUUUGCACAUAGCCAUUCUCACUUUGCUUCUGAGUUGGAAAGGGUUAAAUCCAUUUUCUGGUCAUUAAAAUAAGCCUGAAUGACAGCUAGCAUUAUGUACAAAAAGGCAUUGACUUGUUUAUUAUUUUAUGUUGUUAAUUAAAUCACAGAUAUUUAUUUUUCCCUGAGAUUGUGCUAAGUGCAGUUCAUUUGCAUGGAUUGGACAAACAAGUUAAAUACACAUAUGAAUGAGUUCAUUAAAUAAGGGCCUUAUGUAUGGUGUAUGUAUACAUAUUUAGUUAAAUUGAGUGAAAUGUGUAUUUUAAUUGUAAUCAUAUCAUUGUGGCAAUAUUUUGAGUUAUAGUAACAUAAGUUUUUUUAAAUUUUAAAGACGGACUUUGAACAUUGUCAUUAAAUAAUUAACAUUUAAAAAAACAAAUGCUUGGUUCACUUCCUUAUUGAUGUUGUAUUCUAGAUGCAUCUUAUGUGAUAUCUUGUCAUUAAAAUCAUCUUUGUCGGAGAUUUCGCAAGAUUUGUUGGUGGGGCCUCUUCCAUUAUUUUGCCCACACUUGUAAAAUAUAUCGCACCUGUUUUGUUCUUUUUUAAUUUGUCAAUUUUCUUGUUAAUACGUAGACAACUACCGGUAACAUGAUUAUACCCCCACAAACGAAGUUUAGGGGGGUAUAUAGGAGUGAGCUUGUCUGUCUGUCGGUCGGUCCCUAUUAAGUGUCUGCUCUCUAUUUCAAGUAGUUUUCAUCCGAUCUUCACCAAACUUGUUCAGAAGUUGUAUCUAGAUGAUGUCUAGGCCAAGUUCGAACAUGGGCCUUGCCGGGUCAAAAACUAGGUCACGGGGUCGCUUAGUGCGUUUUAAACAUUUAGCAUGUUGUCCGCUCUCUAAUUCAAGUAGUUUGUUAUCAGAUCUUCACCAAACUUAGUCAGAAGUUGUAUCUACAUGAUGUCUAGGCCAAGUUCGAACAUGGGCCUUGCGGGGUCAAAAACUAGGUCACUGGGUCACUUGGUGCGUUUUAAACAUUCAGCAUGUUGUCCGCUCUCUAAUUCAAGUAGUUUUCAUCCGAUCUUUACCAAACUUGGUCAGAAGUUGUAUCUAGAUGCUCUUAAGGCCAUGUUCAAACAUGGGCCUUGCCGGGUCGAAAACUAGGUCACGGGGUCACUUAGUGCGUUUUUUAACAUUCAGCAUGGUGUCCUCUCUCUUAUUCAAGUAGUUUUCAUCCGAUCUUCACCAAACUUGGUCAGAAGUUUUAUCUAGAUGAUCUGAAGGCCAAGUUCGAACAUGGGCCAUGCCAGAUCAAAAACUAGGUCACAGGGUCACUUAGUACGUUUAACACAUUGAGCAUGGUGUCCGCUCUCUAUUUCAAGUAGUUUAAAUCCGAUCUUCACCACACUUGGUCAGAAGUUGUAACUAGAUGAUGUGUAAGUCAAGUUUGAACAUGGGCCAUGCGGGGUCAAAAACUAGGUCACGGGGUCACUUAGUUUGUUUUAAACCUCACCGUGUUGUCCGCUCUCUAAUUCAAGUAGUUUUUAUCCAAUCUUCACCAAAAUUGGUCAGAAGUUGUAUCUUGAUAAUGUCUAGGGCAAGUUUGAAUAAGGGUUAUGCCGGGUCAAAACAAGGUCACGGGGUCACUUAGUGCGUUUUAAACAUCACAAUGUUCACCGCUCUCGAAUUCAAGUAGUUUUCAUCCAAUCUUCACCAAACUUGGUCAGAAGUUGUAUCUAGAUGAUUUCUAGGUCAAGUUUGAAUAUGGGUCAUGCCAGGUCAAAAACUAGGUCACAAGGUAUCUUAGUGCGUUUUAGACCUCACCAUGUUGUCUGCUCUCUAAUUCAAUUAGUUUUCAUCCAGUCCUCACCAAACUUGGUCACAAAUUUUAUCUAAAUGAUCUCAAGGACAAGUUUGAACAUGGGCCAUGCCGGGCCUAAAACUAGGUCAAGGGGUCACUUAGUGCGUUUUUUAACAUUCAGCAUAGUGUCCGCUCUCUAAUUCAAGUAGUUUACAUCCGAUCUUCUCCAAACUUGGUCAGAAGUUUUAUGGAGAUGAUCUAAAUGCCAAGUUAGAACAUGGGCCUUUGUGGGUCAAAAACUAGGUCAAGGGGUCACUAAGUGCGUUUUAAAAAUUGAGCAUGGUGUCCGCUGUUUUUUGUGAAGACGACAUGCAAAAUAUUAUGUGUAAAUGCGGCAUUUGGGGGUAUUCAUCACGUCUGUGACAAAGCUCUAGUUUUAUUAGUUAUUUACCAUUUUGUUGAGUAACAUACAGUUUUUUUAUUCUUAUCGGUUAUCUGAACUCAAAUCAAUUUAUUUGUAAUAAGGAACAUUUUUAAUUUAUUUGCUGAAUGGAUUAUGGAAUAAAAGUACUUGAGUGGAGACAGCACAAUUGCAUCACUAAAAUUAUGUGUAGAAUAAUUAUUAAGACAUUAUUUCUAAAUGACAUCUUGCUGAUAAAAAUGCAAAUAAUUCCUUUAAAUCUAACAAUCUGGUGAUUAUUAAUGGAAGCGUUUCCUUAUAUGUUAACGUGUGUAUUGGCUCUUCACUGAAUCUAUUAAGUACACUGUUUUUUUUUAACCAAAGGUAUGGUAAAAUAUACACUAUAACCACCGAGAACUGUUAAAAAAUAUACAUUUUUAAUAUAUUUUUCUUUCAAACGGAAUAUUUUUAAUUGAAAUAACCCUGAUUUUCCUCAUGCCAUUCCAGCAGGAGUAGAAGUAUUUUCGUUGUACAGGGGCCGUUAAAUUUCUUAUAUAUAAUAACCAUUAGACUCAAUAGUUUUUGCUGUGGGCAUUGUUCGAUGGUUUUUAUUCACACACGAUUGUUUUAACGUUUUGUGUUGUAUUCAUUAUUGCAAGAGAUGUGCACUCAACAAUUAUGUCUCAUUAAAUGGUGUAUUGAAAUCCUUGCAAUAUUUAGUAUAAUAUUCUUAUCAAUAUGCUGUGUUAAAGUAACAUUAUUAUACUUAAAUAUUAUCAAAUAAGAAACAUAAGUUGUACAUUCAAUGAUUGUGAAUUUGCAAGAGUACCCGUUGCUCAGUGCAUAUAUUAUACUCCCUGUUGUUAAAGCAGCGUGGUCUGGAGAGGCAUUCAAUACUUCAUAUAUCUCAUGUUCAUCAUUUUCUUUUAAGACAUUCCAAGGUUUCAUUAUUCUUUUGUCUUUGACAUAUUAAUAAUAUUUUAUGAGUGCUUUAGUACACAGUGUGUUUUUCUAACUGGUGCAUGGUUUUUUUGUUUUAAUGGAAUCUUUCUUUUCCUUUAUAGCAUGAAACAUUGUAUGGUGGUAUUACAUCCUUCUGAAAUAGAUGUUUUUCGUUUAAUAGAGCAUUAUUUUAAGUGUAACAGCUAAUUUAAUGCUUUCUUGAUUUAGUAUAAAUUAUUAAAUUUUAGAAGACAUAAAAUGUAUAACUUGUGUUAUGUAUUUAAGAAAAUGGCUUUCAGUGGAUCUAAAAUACUGUAAAAUCACUUAUUCGUUGGCACGAAAUUCUGUGUUUUUUCAGAAAUGACCUUUUCGUGGACACGUCAAUGGAUUUUUGGUGAAAAAAUGAUUUUGGUUUAGGUCCAAGUCCAAUGUGUUUGUGUAAAAUUCAUGUAUAGGUUACUGUACACCAAGAAAUGAACGAAAAUUCAUGUCAAAGGAAUGAUAUUGAUUCUACAGUAUGUGAAGGCUGUUGAUAGAGAAAUAUCAUGACCAUACAUGUUAUAUACCAACUUGACUCGUAGGUGAGGUGGAUGGCAUUAGUUCUUUUUUAAAUUGAACAGAAUCCGCGUACCAAGAUUGCAUCUUUUUUAUUUCUUAGAUUUUGCUAAGGCCCUUGUGUUUUCUUCAGUUCUUAUCUGCAGUUGUGAGUUUGGAAUAAUGUUGUUCACAUAAACUGUACAUAAAGUAAUCAUUCAGUUUGAUUGUUGAUUCUGCUGUUAUUGAGAUUGCAAAUGCAAAUAUAUAAAAUGGCACCGUU